CCAUCUUUGCUGUAGCAGUAAUCACCCUUCAGUAUGAUAACUCUAAGACAGUAGUUAAGAAGGGAUUGAUGGUCCCUCCACACUCCGAAGCCAACAUGGGUCGAAUUCGGACCAAGACCAUGAAGAAGGCAGCUCAAGUCAUUAUCGAAAAGUACUACACCCGCCUGGUCAAUGACUUCCAUACCAACAAGGGCGUGUGUGAGGAGAUCACCAUCAUCCCCAGCAAGAAGCUCCGCAACAAGAUCUCGGGAUAUGUUACUCAUCUGAUGAAGCAAAUCCAGAGAGGCCCUGUGAGAGAUAUCUCCAUCAAACUACAGGAAGAUGUCCCAGAGGUCUCUGCCUUGGAUCAGGAAAUUAUUGAGGUGGACCCUGACACCAAAGAAAUGUUGAAACUGCUGGACUUUGGCAGUUUGUCCAACCUGCAAGUUACCCAGCCCACAGUUGGGAUGAAUUUCAAAACACCAAGAGGAGCUGUUAAAUAUUUACUUUUGCCUUCUUUCCAAUAA